AAAUGAGAUGAUUGAAAAGGUCAAGAUGUAUAAGAUAAUGCUGGAACGCAUUAUGCUUUUUUUGCGGCUUAAAAAGCAGGAUAUUCAACUUAUUCAUAAGGAAAAACUGGUCUCGGUUGAGAAGAACAUAAGUAAGUUUCUUAGUUCCAAUUUGGCACGCAGCAAGACUUCUUCUUCUCCACAGCAGGGGCAACUUCAUCAGUCUUCCAUGCAGCUUCAGCAACCACAAUCUCUUGGUGGUCAAACUAAUCCACCGAUGCAGCCCGUACAGGGUUCCAUGGAGGCAAUGCAACAGAGUUAUCUCACCAACUUGCAACAUUAUUCCUUGUCUGGCGUAUCGACAAUAUCCAAUUCUCAACAACACAUGAUAAAUGUGGUAAAACCUGGUUCCAGAUGGGAUUUGGGACAGGGUAAUUCGUUGAACUCACCGCAGCAGGUGGCUACUGGAUCCUUACAACAGAAUCCUGUUAACAGUCUUCAACAUGAUAAUAUAAGCUCAUUCAGUACACCAGGUGGAAUGAACCCUGUACAGGCAAACCUCGAAUCCCUACAGCAAAACUCAAGCGCGCUGCCUCAUUUACUUCCUACACAGCACGAGCAGCAAAUGUUGCAGAACCAACAAUUAACACCCCUGUGCAACCAGCUACUGAUGCAGCAACAACUUUUUCAAAGUCAGCAGUUAAUGAAACAUCAGCAAGCAAUGAACUCACCGCAGCAGUUAAUGCAACAGAAUAAUUUCACCAACUUGCACCAUGAUUCCUUGUCUGGCGUAUCGACAAAUUCCAACUCUCAGCAAGACAUGAUAAAUACAAUACAGCCUGGUUCCAAUUUGGAUUUGGGACAGGGUAAUUCUUUGAACUCACUGCAACAGGUGUCUACUGGCUCUUUGCAACAGAAUCAUGUUAACCGUCGUCGACAAGUUAACAUAAGAUCAUUAAGUCCACAAAGUGGAACUAACCCAGUGCAGGCAAACCUCGGUUCCCUACAACAAAAUUCAAACGUCCUGCAGCGAAUGUCACAGAGCCAGCAAAUGUUGCAGAACCAGCAGCUACUUUUGCCAAUACAGCAGUUAAUGAAACUGCAGCAAAUGCAAAUGAAAACAGGAAUUUUACAGAAACAUCACUUAAUGCAACAGCAGUCAGUUGGCCAGCGCGUUGGAUCUCAUCAUCCACAAAUGAAGUCAGGAAUAUCUUCACCUCAACUCCAUAAGGCACUAUCUCCUCAGGUUACCCAACAUCCUUCUCCGCAAAUUGACCAACAAAAUAUGUUGGCAUCUCUUUCCAAAGCUGGGACGCCUCUCCAAUCCGCAAGCUCACCAGUUGUUGUUCCAUCUCCUUCAACUCCCUUGGCUUCAUCUCCAAUGACGGGGGAUUCUGAAAAAGUUAGUGCUGGCCUUGCAUCACAUAACACAGCUGGAAAUACAAUGCAUCAACGAGCUACACUACCGAUGGAGUUUGAACCCUACACCUCUACUGUGGAAGGUAUGGAGAUUUCACCAACACCUUUAGAUUCUUCAGCUCAGACAGGAAACACAAAUGGAGCUGACUGGCAGGAAGAGGUUUACCAAAAGAUCAAGUCUAUGAGGGAGAUGUAUUUAUCAGAGCUCAAUGAUCUAUACUGGAAAACUGCUUCUGAAAUGCAGCAGCAUCCUCAACAUGAGAAAAUUGAAAAACUCAAGAUUUUCAAGAUGACGUUGGAACGCAUUGUGCUUUUCUUGCGGCUUAACAAGUGUGAGAUUCAACUUUCUCACAAGGAAAAACUGUUUUCGCUUGAGAAGUACAUAACUUUCUUUCUUAGUGGCAAAAGUCCGCACAACCCUACUUCUUCUCCAUUGCACGGGCAACUUCCUUAGCGUUCCAUCCACACAAGUCAGGCACAAGAUAUAUAUGCACAUCAGCCGCCUAUGUUGGAUUCCAGUUGGCAAGAUAUUACUUCUGAGCUUGAUAGAUUUCUGUGUUUGAUUGAUUAGAUGGUAGUUAUGAUGGAUUGUGUUAUGUAUGGAAUGGUUUUGGUACUUUUGGUAUUGAUAGAUAGAUUGGGUUGUAAUUUUGAUGGAUUGAGUUUUGGUACUAAACUUGAUGAGCGUUGAGCACACGAAUAAGGGGUUAUGUAAAGUACUCUUGAACCCAUGUGGAUUAUUUAAAGUACUCGUGAACCAACUUA